CUCGACCACACCCUCUUUCUUUGGUUGGCUGAUUCAUGCCAAACGGUCUUCGAGUGGAAAACCGUCGGAGAAUUUUUCUUUUUUCCAUCUGUGUUCUGUGGCGUUUUCUUCCACUCGUUCUUCAAUGUCGAUCGUUUCUUACUCUGCCUGAGUCACUCGGUCUUUAAGUCUUUAAUGUCGGCUCUGCCCGCCGAGACAGACAGGAAACAUUCUUGAUCCCUCAUUACGGUCAAAUUCUUGCCUGUGUCAAAUUUCAUCUCAUACAGGCCCUGCAUUCUUGUGCUUUCCAAGAAUGAUGGCGCAUCAAUAUGCCCCAGACAGCCGGGAUCAACUCGAUCCCCAUGCGCCCAGUAAUGGUCAGAUUGUGACGGGAGAUAAAAUAGCUUCGGGAGAGUUGGAUUCUAGCUCGGCCAACUCCGAUACCCCAAAUCAUCCUCAUCAAUCCGCAGAAGAACAGCAUUCAGUUGAGCCGAACGGUGAUGGAGUGGAAAAAGUCACAACUGGCACUUCGCUGGGUCGGGUGUCUUCCCAGGCGCAGAAGCUGGGAAAGAAAAAAAUUGUUGUUGUCAUGGCGGCACUUUGUUUGGUCCUGUUCUUGGCAGCUUUGGAUAUGACAAUCAUCUCCACCGCCUUACCAACCAUGGCUUCUCAUUUCAAGGCCUCGGAAAGUGGAUACUCAUGGAUGGCAUCGUCAUAUAUGCUCGCCAAUGCCGCCGCUGUUCCCCUCUGGGGCAAGAUUAGUGACAUCUGGGGUAGAAAGCGAAUCUUGUUGCUUGCCAACUUCGUUUUCCUCGUAGGUAGCUUGAUCUGCGCUCUAGCUAUCAACCUACCAAUGAUUCUGGUGGGAAGAGCGAUCCAAGGUGUCGGUGGCGGCGGCAUCAUCGUGUUGGUCAAUAUCAGUGUCUCCGAUCUAUUCAGUGUCCGCGAACGGCCGAUGUAUUAUGGUCUUUUUGGAUCCACAUGGGCAAUCGCAGGCGCUCUUGGUCCCAUCAUCGGAGGCGCCUUCACUACUAAUGUCACUUGGCGGUGGUGUUUCUAUAUAAAUUUACCUAUCGGAGGGGCUUCCUUUGUAAUUCUCCUUCUUUUCCUGAAGAUCGAGGCCGAGAAGACACCGCUUCUAGCCGGUCUAAAAGCUAUUGAUUGGACGGGUAUCAUUCUAAUUAUGGGAGGAACACUCAUGUUUUUGUUCGGCCUGGAAUACGGUGGCAUCACUUACCCUUGGGACUCUGCUACUGUUAUCUGUCUCAUCGUCUUCGGAGUAGUGACGUGGGCUAUUGCCAUGGUGGUUGAAUGGAAAGUCGCCAAGUAUCCCGUUAUACCGAUCCGUCUCUUCACAAACUGGCACAAUGUCCUAGUGCUUCUAGUCUGCUUCUGCCACAGUUUCGUCUUCAUCGCCGGCUCUUACUACCUCCCGCUAUAUUUCCAAACCGUCCUCCUCGCAAAUCCCAUCAUGAGCGGUGUCUAUGUCCUCCCCAACGUUCUCAGUCUCUCCCUUACGUCCGCAUGUACUGGCUUCAUCAUUAAAAAGACUGGCCGCUACCGUGAGCUAAUCAUGGGAGGGCUAUUCUUCAUGGCUCUCGGUUAUGGGCUCCUUAUUGACCUGAAAUAUUACGCAUCCUGGCCUCGCAUCAUCAUUUAUCAGCUGAUCGCCGGCUUCGGCUCCGGCCCCGUCUUCCAAGCGCCCCUUGUUGCCCUUCAAGCGAACAUCCACCCUGCCGAUGUCGCCGCUGGAACCUCGACGUUCGGCUUCCUUCGCCAGACUUCUGCCGCCAUGUCCAUCGUCCUCGGUACUGUUGUGUAUCAAAAUGUCCUCAAACAACAAAUGCCUCAGAUCACCGCCGCAAUCGGACCUGAAAAGGCCUCGGCGCUUUCGUCGUCCUUCUCCGGCUCACAAGGUAAACUCAUCAAAGCGCUGUCCGAUGCUCAGCAAACCGUCGUCCUGAAAUCGUACACCUUCACUCUGAGCCGCAUGUGGAUCUUCUACACGGCCAUCAUCGGCUUUGGGCUGCUGAUCAGUCUUCUUAUUCGGCCCGUCGUACUCAGCAAGGCGCACAAGUUCACCAAGACUGGUCUAGCAGAGCAAGAGCGCGCGAGACAAGAAAUCCUAGCCGCUCAGAGAGGCGAGGCCCAGCCCGGGUCCAAGGAGACAGUAUAACUACGUUUCCCAUCUCUCCCUCCCUUCAUUCCCUUAUAUUCUAUUCACACUACAUUCUACACGCAUAAUAGACCCUUUUUGCAUUCCCCCCGGAAAAGAUCGUCGCCACCUAUACUCCUGAUGAUCAAAUUAAUAAUACUCACUGGUGGGUAUAAUGAGCACGGAGCCAUGUAAAAGUUCAAGUUCCUGUUUUUGCUUUGCUUUUUUGAAAUAUUUUAAUCGCCCCGCUAUACCCCCACCCCCACACUAGGAUCUACGGAGUUAUCAAAACCGCGUGCAUAUUAAGAUAAGAUCAUGAGUAAAUAGUACAUUACAUACAGAUCUCUUAAUAAGAGGUUGUAAAGAAGACAUCGCUUACUGGAUAUCUGGGUUCUUUUUUUG